AGCUUGGAAGCGGUGGUGUACCGAGUCGCGCUUGCUUGCUAUUGCCGUCAAGGAAUUGUCGCGGCUCGCAUUGCUAUCAUUCGCAUAAUUGAGGCUCGUAGCCUCAAAAUACUAGCCAGAGCGGCUCAUCCCUGUCCAGCACACAUUGACCCGCUCCUUGGGCUCGAAGAAGCAAGACAACGCAACGACACAAGCCAUGUUUUCGGGCUCCUGGGGUGCAGCGAAAAAGCGCGCCCGCGACGCCGACGCCGACGCCGUCGUCACCGAUGACGAUAGCCCGGAGAAGAAGCACAAAGUCGCGCUGAACGCCAUCGCGGAGGAGUUGAUCUGUCCGAUCACGCAAGAGCUCCCCGUAGAACCAGUACUAGCAGAAGACGGCCGGAUAUACGAGAAGAAAGACCUACUCCAGUGGUUCGGGACUGACCGCGAAGCAAAAAGCCCCACAACGGGCGACAUCAUUGGCACGACGUUAAAACCGGCGCCGCAAGUGCGAAACACGAUCGAGGCGCUGGUCAAGAGCGGCGCCAUCGAGGGAGAGAUAGCUGAGGCGUGGACGAAGAAGCUGGCGGACGAGACGCGAGUGAAGGAGGCGCGCGCAAAAGCGGAAGUGGGUGACGCGGAAGCCAUGUGGCGGCUCGGCGUGUGGCACCGACAUGGCACGAACGGCCUCGUGAAAGACUUGGCGCAAGCCCGCGCGUGGUUCGAGCGCAGCGCGGCGGCCCGCGACCCACGCGGGAUAGCUUGUUUUGGUCAAUCUCUCCUGCUUGGCAAUGGUGGGCCCCAGGACAAUGUACUCGGGCUCGUUAUGGUGAGCCAGGGGGCGGCGCUUGGCUCGGACGUCGGCGCGUACUAUCUUGGCUGGGCGUUCUGCAAAGGCUGGCGGGGCCUGACAAAGGACCCCGUCCGAGCGCGGUACUGGCUCAAGAAGGUCGUCGACGGCGAGUGCGAGUACAAGAACCUAAUGGGUAAAGAUGUAGCCGAAGCAGCGAGAUGGGCCCGCGAGCUGGAGCAGGAAGAGUAAAGAACAGUUGUGUG